AUGUUAAGAUCCAAGCUAUCAUCUUUGAGGGAGUACUUGACUCCCAUAAGACAUACAUCUGAUUUCACCACCACAGGCGAAAUAUCGCCCGAAGAGUUUGUAGAAGCUGGGGACUACUUGGUGUACAAAUUCCCGACCUGGCAAUGGAGCUCAGCACCCGAUAAGUUGAAGAAGGACUUCUUACCUCCAGACAAACAAUAUCUUAUUACCAAGCAUGUAUCUUCAUACCAGAGGGCUGUUACGUAUUUGGGGAUCAAAAGCGACUUAGAUGAGGAUGAAGAAGAGUUGGAGGAUGGAUGGGUUAAAUCACAUAAAAUCAACAACGAUCCAUCCCGGUUGAAGACUGAUGCACUGGGAGAGAAUUCAGGCGGUAAUACGAAUGAUAACGAUGAUACUAAUGAAAUUAAUGAUAUUGAUGAAUUAAUCGAUGAGAAUGCGGAGGAACAGAGCUCGGAAGAUGAGAACGAUUUUGAAGAAUUGGUUGAAACCAAUGCAAACAGCAAUUUGCGGAAGUACGAUUUGUAUAUCACGUACUCCACUUCUUACAGGGUUCCCAAGAUGUAUCUUGUGGGAUUCAAUUCUAACGGGAUCCCAUUGCUCCCUAAACAGAUGUUCGAAGACAUUUCGGGCGAUUAUAGAGACAAGACUGCAACAAUAGAGACCUUGCCUGUCUCUUAUAACACUAUGUCGGUAUCGAUCCAUCCAUGUAAGCAUUCGUCUGUCAUGAAAGUUUUGAUGGCUCACGCAGCGGCAUCGAAGAAGAGGGAAAAUCCAGCAGAUUUAACAGACCUAGCAGAACAAACAGGAUCGUUAAAUUUAAAAGAUAAAGUCCCUGGUAGAGAUUUUGGCGAGGACGUCGACAUCGAAGAAAAUGUUCCUGGUAUAAGAGUUGAUCAAUAUUUAAUCAUUUUCUUGAAAUUUAUUGCAAGUGUCACUCCCGGUAUCGAAUAUGACUACACUAUGGAUGCGUUAUGA